AUCCGAUGGUUUGCUGGCUGGAGUCGUUGUUGUAUAAGUACUGCCACAUACACUGCCACAUACAUGAAAUCGAUCAUGGAAUCGAACAUCGUGUCGAGUCCUGCAUUCUCGCCAAGGCAAGAUGUAACAGCCAUUCCAUCCAGUUCCACAUCGACUGUGACGCCCUGGCUCCAGCUUGCUGCACCGAGCACCACCAGUUCGCCUCCAAGCCUUCAUUUCCUCAUCGCAACAUGCUGACCGUGAGAAUCAAGCAGGGCCCUCAGCGAAGAUAUCUGCCUCUCCCAACGAAUGUCACUUCCCACCCAUUGCUUCCGCAUACCUGCCGCUUCAGCGGACUGGUAUCAGCAACAAAAGUAGCACAGGCAAUCGUAUUGCAUCACAAGGAUUGUAAUCGUCUCCAAAUGGGUGUUUACCAGGGUACACCAUGUUCCUACCAAGCAUCUCCUCGGUGCUUACUCUUCGACAGACUCUAUGGUCCCAGAUGACCGAGGCGUACACUCCCUACCUGGACGCUCUCAAGCUGGCCCAUCCCGGUCUAUCCAAGUCUGACAAGGACCAGUGGAAAGCCUUGGUCGACGCCAUUCCGGUCCCGCAUCCUGGCAAGUGCCUCUCCUUCUGCCACAUGGUCCUGACCCAGCUCCGUCAGCGCUAUGUCAAUGCCGGCACCCGGGUCUUCUCCGACAAGCACUGAAUCACC